AUUAUACGGUAUCUGCACCUGGAACCCAAUUCCGAUGCAGACCUCCUAGCAGUCCUAGCGGUUGUGUCGCCCUCCACCAUCAUCGUUCCUUUCACGCCUUUUGCGCGCACCCGUUCAAAGAAAACGUGCGAAAGACCACGAGCCACCGCCUACAACUAUUCCUUCACUCCCUCCUACAUCUCUCGUGGGAUUCAACCUUGCUUUUCUCCAUCUGCUCAAUUGUCAACAUUGCCCGCGCGCUGGUGGCCUGAACUGCGAUCAGAGACCAGACACUCCACCAGUUUCAUCUCCAAAGCUAGUGGCGGUCGAUGUGAAAUCGGCCUGGGCCGGCCGACUGAUCACACUGGGCGUGCGACUCUCUGCCGUCGACGCUUUCCCAAAGGAUCAACAACCUGUUUCAAAACAAGAUCCCGCAGCAGUACAUCAACUCCUUUCGGUCCGCUGUGAUCGCAUUGUUCUUCCUCAUGGAUUUGCAGCAUAUCAAGGUACUGUUUUUACAGACUCGCUACAAAUCAUGCAUUCGCGCCUGUCAUGACACUCUCGCCGCGCUGAAUAACCAAACCGAUCAAAAUCCAUUGAGCGAUACCUUUGUAAUGUUCUAUCUCGCCAUGGCGCAUGAGGAAUUAGCGAGGGCCAUGCACCAGAAUUCGACCAACAAGAUCCCAACCAUGGACACGGCGCGAGCGUACUAUCACGAGGCCUUGGAUGCAUUGCCUUCCUCGGAUGAUGCGCACGACAUCUACAUCGCCAGUCAACGUGCCAAUGAACUCAAGCGUGCUGAGUCGCGCUCUUCUUUCUCGAGCUUCGGCGACGAUACCUGGGAGAUUGCUGGCAACGACAGCACUUCGACUUUGCGAUUUCAAGGCACACCGACCUCCAACUCGUUCCCACGCCUGCGAAACGAUAGCCCGCUAGAUGACUGGAGCAAGCAAGGCUCUCCGACUUCGCGUGGCUUCGACGAUGUCAACACCAAUGACGUUGAUUUUGACGAUCUGGACAGUCAUCGUAGCUUCGAUCAGAUUCGCACGCCGGGUCGUGGCCUUCCACGUGAUUACUCUCGGAUCUCCUUGAUCGCUUCUCCUUCGAUCCAGGUUCACAAGACCGAACCUGCCCAUCGUCGGGUCGACAGUGCCAUGCAGCAUAAUCUCUGGCCUGAUCGACCUUCAACUCCAGCACCUGACCGACCUUUCUCCCCUCACCAGAACCGUCCUAGCCUGCCACAGCUUAGCAUCGUUGCGAAGCCUACCCAUGCCAGCUCACUCUCCCCCCCAGACUCUGAGUACUACUCGCCUGAAUACAUGGAUCCGGUGUCGCCUCUUUGCCCCGCAGACUAUGCAUCGGCCUCUUCCAACUCACCCAUCUCACCAACGACUCCUACCGCCGCGUUCGACACGUAUGACGUCCACAGCGCCGUCUCCACACAGAACGGCUACGAAGAGGAGGAGUUCCAUGAUGCCGAGGAGAGCUUUGUCGCCGCCGAUCACUUCCGCGACAAUGUCGAAGGCAUGCGCGCGCGGAUCCGAAGGCACAUCUCGCAGCUACACGAUACCAAGUCUACGCUCUUGGCGAAUCAAGCCGCAAAGCGCCAUCGCCGCACAACUUUGGUCGCGCAACAGCAGAGCGAGAAGGAGGGUCUCAUGGCUGGUGCGCAGAAACCUCCCACAAGAACUACUGCUCUCGGCCCGCAGCAGGUCCCAUCUACCCGUAGUUACUGGUCAUUCGUUCCAGCGCAUAUCAAAGCCACAGAGAAACAGGAGCGCAUCGCAGCGGGCCGCGCGAGGAAUUGGGAACGGAAGCGCUUCCAGCCAGAGCGCUACCAAGAAUUGUGUGAGCAGGCGCUUGGAGAUCUUUGAUUGCGAGGUGCAAGUGCACAGAAAGCGACACGACCCAAGACCACCAAGCAUGCUAUUUCCUUUGUCACGUCUCAUCUGCUCGGCCAGUGCCAGCUCGGAGUUUCCUCAGGGAUGGGGGUUUUGUUUAGGAUGAUACCCACUAACCCGCGAUCCUAGGAUGGACCGGGUCUUUUCUUUUCUCUACUCUCGUUUCUUUUCUUGACCUUUCGACCAGUCUGUUGAACUAUCAUGCUCAGAUAUGACAUGACUCCAAAAGCCGAAAAUCCAAUCGUUUCUCAGUGAUCAUCUCCGUUCCGCGUCUGCGCUCUGAGCGGCAUUGUCACGCGUACGUGAUGGGAAUAUCGUUGCUCAUUCUUGUCA